UACAUAUAAAAAUGUCAUACCACCAACUAUAUCAACGCAUCCCUAGUUCUCAAAAUAUUAAAUACUUUUGAAUAGAUAUUUUAAGAUGAGUGGGUACAAUUACAUGUUCGGUGAAGCUGAUGAAAUCACCAGGAGAACCGAGGGAAAUCGCAGACGACAUGGUAGAAACGAUGAUACUCCACCGCUCGUAUCACCGGAGAAUUUGUCUGACAACAUUUAUCCUACGAUGAAUCAUUAUCAACCUCAGAGACAACCUACCAUGUCUGUAACCUUUAAUUCGAUUCCAAGGGAACAUCAUCAGUUUCAACAUCAACCUACCAUCCGAAGACAAUUCUGCUGGAGAUGUUUUAUGUCGUUGAUAAUAUCGUGGUUGAUGAGUUUUUUUGUACCAACAAAUAGGCCGAGACCAAUACGCAGGCCUUUGCCUUCUAACACCCCUCCUCCUUCAACCUCAGGUUUAUCAUCUUCUGCAGAACGCUCAAGGGAUCGACCUAGCCAACAUUCACGCGACGAACUGUUCAUCCUUCCUACGUCACAGGAAAUAAUCCAACGGAGUGUAGUGCCUGAAAGAAUUUUAAGUGUAGGUAUAGGAUUAACAGAGAGACAAAUUUCUCAAUUACCUACCAUCAAGUUUCAACCUUCUAUAGAAGACAAAAAGUGUCUGAUAUGCCAGUCAGAUUAUGCUCGUGGAGAGAAAAUGAUAAUUUUACCCUGUACUCACAAGUACCAUGAAGAUUGCAUUCGUCCCUGGCUCAAAAACAGUAAGCUUUGCUGCGUUUGCCAAAGGCAAGUGGUUCUAUCAAGCUAG